AUGACGUCAUCGGUGCUCGCGCAGCUCAUUCCCGGUUUGGUGCUGACUAGUGUGCGGGCGGCAGUGAAUGUGACGACGAGUUUCACUGGCAUCGGCUACGACGACUCCAAGCUGUGCACCGACAUCAGCGGUCUCAUCAAGGGAGAAGGGUACCCGUUCGAACGGCAUGACGUGGUAACCAGGGAUGGCUAUAUCAUCGAGAUGCACCGCAUCCCACGGGGUCGAGCACCCUGUCCGGAACCCUGCAAGAGAGAACCCAUCUUCGUCAUGACCGGACUACUCGCCGACUCGGCCUCUUUUGUCCUCGACUUCCCCAAGCAAUCACUGGGAUACGUCCUGGCCGACAACAAGUACGACGUCUGGCUGGGCAACACGCGAGGAAAUACGUACGGCAAACGUCACAAGAGAUACAGCCCCAAAUCGAGACGGUUCUGGAACUUCUCGUUUCACGAGCACGCCAAGUACGAUGCCCCGGCUCAGAUCGACUACAUCCUGAACGUGACGAACAGGAAGAGUCUUCUCUACGUCGGCUUGUCUCAGGGCACCCUCAUGUUCUUCACGAUGAUGUCCGAGAAGCCAGAGUACAACGACAAGGUGAAGGCGUUUGCGGGGCUGGCGCCAUUCAACAAACUGGCCCACAUGAUCGUGCCGCCGCUGGAACUCGCUGCACCAUUCGCGGAAUCGUUCCUGCGCGCCGUCAAUGCGGCGGGACAGUACGAAGUGUUGGCCCAGGGUUCUCCCUUCAUGCCCAUCGCCCGAAGAUUUUGCUCGCUCAUUACAAGUAGAAUCGUCUGUUCGUUGAUCGGGGACACCCUUACGAACUAUGGAAGCAGGUACAUUAACGAGACUCGGACGCCACUAUACCUCUGCCACGUUCCUGCUGGGACCUCGAUGAAGAACAUCAUUCACUUUGACCAGUUGGUGAAGUCAAAAAAGCCGCAGAAGUUCGACUACGGCGAAGAAAUCAACCAAGAAUAUUACGGCCAGCGGAGACCCCCGCUCUACAAGCUGGCCAACGUCAAGACGGACGUGGGCAUCUUCUGGAGCAAGGGCGACGAGUUCGUGCCCCCGGAAAACGUGAAGAUACUCAUAAAAGAGUUAGGGCCCCGCGUCAAAAAGAACCACUACAUCGACGACCCGUACUACACGCACCUCCACUUCGCCAUUGCGCUCGUCAACCCGAAGUACCUCUACCCCGACUUGCUUGAGUUCUUGGGACGGUACAGGUCAUCCUGAUAUG